AUGAAUGUACCAGACGAGAAUUGGCUUCUCAUAAUCGAAGUAUUAGUUGAUGAUGAGCGACUCCGCGUCCAAGAUCUCUUGGGAAUAAGACUCGUUAACAAGCUGUUCUCCGACGAAAUAAUGAGUCGCUUAAUGGUGUCUCGACGUAUCGAAGAGCAUAUUUUCGACUCGCAGAUCCACUAUCGGCAUAACAAGUGGCGACAAUACCCACCUGAUAUCAUGCGAAGAUAUCUCCACCACAUGUUCAAAUGCUACCCGCAACCAAUUAGCAUAUGGAGCAUCUUGAUGAGACAGAUACUACCGGAUGAUGUCUCACAAUACAUGAAAGAGAAGGAAAAAGUUAUAGCUGACAAGCUAAUCGAUGCUUGGAUGUAUGGGAGCGGCCUAUCCUACAAUAUGCUCACUCCGAGGAAAAGCAUCGAUAGCGAAUACGCGAGGACCAUUGGACGCUCCUGCGAGACCUGUGGAAAGUUUCCUGGCUCAUGUUAUCUUCGCAACGAUCAUUGUGGAAAUGGCUCGUCGUGCCUCGAGGCCGGUCUUCUGGCCAGUGCUGUGAUUAGGGGAGAUGCCGUCGCACUGAAAAGGUUGAUAUACAUCGGUCUGGAUCUUGGGAUGUAUUGUGAGCGACUGGGUCUGACGCCCAUAUUCGUUGCGUUCAAGAGGGGAAAUGAGGCUAUACUGGAAACGUUUAUUGGCACCGAACAGUACAAUGACGGGGUCUGUCCGUGGGGAGGUUCCAGUAAGCUCCGCAUACUUUUGGGCAUCUUGGCCCACAGAGGCUGCAAAGUUGGACUUGAAAUGUGGAUGGAUUAUAACAUAUCGGAAAUCUGGGACUUGAGUCCCGAUAGAAUAUUUCGCUGUUUCGAUAUUGCCUUUCGACGGGCGGCAACGGCAGGAAAAGUGGAUAUUUUGGAGUAUAUUGAGGAGCUAUGCAACAUCAAACUCGAUCCCGAGCAGAUUCUCGAUAUUCUUUACGAGGUCAUUCCGACUGGGAAUGUCAAUACUGCAAGGUUAUGGGAUGGUUUGGAGAACCCUUGA